AUGGGUAACGACGACGCCCUCAAGAAGGCUGCAAAGCUGAUUCGUGAUGGAAAAGCACGAAACAUUGCCGUCUUGACUGGUGCGGGAAUCUCAACGUCGGCUGGUAUCCCUGACUUUCGAUCACCUGGUACAGGCCUGUACGACAACCUCGCUGCGCUGAACCUGCCCUUCCCCGAGGCAGUGUUCACGCUCGACUACUUUGAGGUUCGCCCAGAGCCAUUCUGGACACUGGCAAAGGAUCUGUACCCGGGAAAGUACUUUCCCACACCGACACACUACUUCUUGGCCCUUUUGCACGACAAGGGCCUGCUGCAGCGCGUCUGGACCCAGAACAUUGACACUCUUGAGACGGCUGCCGGAGUGCCAGUCGACCUGGUGCUCGAGGCACAUGGCUCGUUUGCAACCGCCCACUGUUUGGCGUGCAGCCGCAGCGCGAGCACUGAACAUGUCGUUCGUUCAGGUGUGAGGGAAGGCAAGGUCGUGCGCUGCGAUCGCGCAGGGUGCGACGGCCUCGUCAAGCCCGACAUUGUGUUCUUUGGCGAGGGACUGCCACCAGAGUUCUUCCAGAUGAAGAGGGAACUGUUCGACUGCGACCUCCUUCUGGUCAUCGGCACGUCCCUCCAAGUGGAGCCCUUUGCCUCUCUAGUGCACGUCGUGGACAGCGACGUCCCGCGCGUCCUGAUCAACCGCGAGGCCGUCGGCCCCUUCGCCCGCCGCUUCAACCCAUUCAAGAAGAGUUCGUCGCCCAAGAGCUCGCGGGACAGCGUGUUCCUCGGCGACGCAGACGAGGCCGUGCGCAUCCUCGCUGCUGAGCUGGGGUGGGAGACGGAGCUAGACGACAAGAUGGCCGCGGGACACAAAACAUUGAAACAGCACUGGAACGAGCGGGAGAAGAAGUGGCUUGGUGCAGACGAGUCUGAGGAGGAGGAGGAGCAAGAGGAGGAGGCAGGCGAGAGCGAGAGCGAGAGCGAGCCCGAGGUGGCAGACCAGAGCGCCGCCGCCUCCACUCCUCCCCCUCCUCCUCUCGCCGAGGCAAAGCCCACCACCCCCACCGCCGCCGCCGUGCCUGCUGCUGACGGGUCCGAGCUCGAAGCCGGGGCUGGGUCUGGCCCUGCGCCUAGCUCGCCAUCGGCGGGUACACACGUGGCCGGCGAGGGUGAGGACACGGAGGUGGACGCACUGGCGGAAUCUGUGGCGCGCGUCGAGAUCAAGGACCAGGGAAAGGACAAGGACAGGCAAGCGCCCAAGGUGAAGGAUAAAGCUAAAGUGUAA